AAGCUGUCUCCCUCCCUCCCUGCACCUUGACUCUCUGCAGAGCUCAGCAGCAGAAUGCGGAGCAGCUGAUUCUCCUGCGGUGCUAAAAAUAAUCAACUUUUUUCACUCCAACUCUCUCUGUUUCUUUUCCUCCUCUUUCUCUCCUCUGUUUCUUUUCCUCCUCUUCCUCUCUUCUGUUAUCUUUUCUUUUUUAAACCCAGACUUCAGGAAUGAGUCUGUGUCAGUGAGGGAGAGGGAUUUCUCCGAGGCAGAUUGAUUGGAGGUUCGGGUGCAGCAGCCGGGCGGUGGCAUGGCCUUGUCGUUCUGCGGCGGUGAUAACGGGACCAUCGCCUACAACGUUGAAAAUGGCGUGCUCAACAAUGGCUGCUUCGUGGACGCCCUCAACCUGGUUCCCCAUGUCUUCCUGCUCUUCAUCACCUUCCCCAUCCUCUUCAUCGGUUGGGGCAGCCAGAGCUCUAAAGUCCAGAUCCAUCACAACACAUGGCUCCAUUUCCCCGGACACAACCUGAGAUGGAUCCUCACCUUCCUGCUGCUGUUUGUGCACAUCUGCGAGUUUGCAGAGGGCAUCGUCUCCAACAAGGAGAUGGAAACCAACCACCUCCAUCUCUUCGUGCCGGCCUUCAUGGGUUUCAUAGCGGCGACGACGUCAGUGGUUUACUACCACAACAUAGAGACGUCCAACUUCCCCAAGCUGCUGCUGGUCCUCUUCAUCUACUGGGUGCUGGCGUUCAUCACAAAGACCAUCAAGCUGUGGAAGUUUGCGGUGUUCAGCGUCGGCCCGAAGCACCUGAGGUUCUGCAUCACGGCGUUGUUAGUGAUUCUGUACGGGCUGCUGAUGGCCGUGGAGAUCAACGUCAUCAGAGUCAGGAAAUACGUGUUCUUUGCGAACCCUCAGAAGGUGAAACCACCUGAGGACUUACAGGAUUUGGGGGUCCGCUUUCUUCAGCCGUUUGUCAACCUGCUGUCCAAGGCGACAUACUGGUGGAUGAAUCCUCUCAUCAUCGGCGCUCACAAGAGACCCAUCGAGCUGAAGAAGAUCGGCAAGCUUCCCAUCGCCAUGCGAGCGCUCACCAACUACCUCCGGCUGAAAGACGCCUACGAGGACCAGAGGACAGCCGAGGAUCCGGAUCGCAGUCCUUCCAUCUGGCGCUCCAUGUAUCGAGCGUUCGGACGUCCCAUCCUCCUCAGCAGCACCUUCAGAUACCUGGCCGACCUGCUGGGCUUCGCCGGGCCGCUGUGCAUCUCCGGCAUCGUGGAGAACAUGAAUAACACCAACACGUCACAGGAAGGGGUGAGAGGAGAUGUGACGGUUUUUGUGUUCUUAGCAUGUACAUGA